AUGAUACGUGAGAAACUCCUUCGCAGAUUUAACAACCUCUUUGAGCAACUGAGCGAGCGCAGCCUUACCCCCGAGGAGGAGGAGAUCAUCCGGCUGCGGGUCCAGAACCAGCGGUUGCUGCUCAAAGAGUACGAGCGGCGCGAGGAGGCGCGAAAGGUGCGGGAGCUGCGGGCGACGGCGCCGGAACUGUCAGAGCGCGCCGCGCGCCGCGCGCUGGAGCUGUGCGGCGGGCGCGAGGACGACGCCAUCCUGAGGGCCGCGGACGACCGCGGCUUCAAGCGCCGCUGCAUCGCAGAUGCCGGGGACGCGCCGGGCGAACCAGCAUAG